GGAGCCAGACCCUUCUCUCCUUUUCCUCAACCGUUUCUUCCAUUGACGCCGCUUCGCCCUCAGUCAAACUUGCAAAACCCAAUUGCUUGCCCGCCAUGUCUUCCCGUCCUCAGAACAUCGGCAUCAAGGCCAUCGAAAUCUACUUCCCAAGCCAGUACGUCGAGCAAGCUGAACUCGAAAAGUUCGAUGGCGUCAGCGCUGGAAAAUACACAAUUGGCCUUGGCCAGACAAAGAUGAGCUUCUGCGAUGAUCGCGAGGACAUCUACUCAAUGAGCUUGACCGUGCUUUCCCAGCUCCUCAAGAACUAUAAUGUUGACACGAAUUCGAUCGGCCGCCUCGAGGUUGGAACCGAGACCAUCCUCGACAAGUCCAAGUCGGUCAAGUCCGUUUUGAUGCAGCUGUUCGGCAACAACACCAACAUCGAGGGCGUCGACACGGUCAACGCCUGCUACGGCGGCACCAACGCCGUUUUCAACACAAUCAACUGGAUCGAGUCCUCGGCUUGGGACGGCCGUGAUGGACUUGUCGUUACUGGCGAUAUCGCCCUCUAUGCCAAGGGCAAUGCCCGACCUACGGGCGGCGCUGGCGCCGUGGCGUUGCUGAUCGGCCCCGAUGCGCCUAUCGUCUUCGAGCCCGGUCUUCGCGGCAGCUACAUGCAGCAUGCCUACGACUUCUACAAGCCCGACCUGACGAGCGAGUACCCCUACGUUGACGGCCACUUCUCGCUCACAUGCUACACGAGGGCUCUCGAUGAGUCCUACCGUGCCUACUGCAAGCGUGAGGCGCAGAUUGUCAACGGCACCAACGGCCAUGCGAACGGCAACGGCGUCGCCGAGCCUGCGGUUCCCAAGACACCUCUGGACCGCUUCGACUACAUGGCCUUCCACUCCCCCACCUGCAAGCUCGUGACCAAGUCGUACGGCCGUCUCCUGUACCACGACUACAUCGCCGACCCGGAGAACAAGGCCUUCGCCGAUGUGCCCCCGGAGAUUCGCGACAUGGACUACGAGAAGUCUCUCACCGACAAGGUGGUUGAGAAGACUUUCAUGACACUUACCAAGAAGCGCUUCCAAGAGCGCGUCAGCCCCAGCAUCCAGGUGGCAACCAAUGUUGGCAACAUGUACUGCGCUAGCGUCUGGGGCGGCUUGGCCGGCCUGAUCGCCUACGUGGACGAUGCUACCCUGCAAGGAAAGAGGAUAGCCUUGUUCAGCUACGGCUCCGGCCUGGCUGCCAGCUUCUUCUCGCUCCGUGUCAAGGGGAGCACCGAGAAGAUUUCGCAGGUGCUCGAUAUUCCCAACCGCCUGGCUUCCCGGCGGCAUGUUUCUCCGGAGACGUACGAUGCUAUGUGCGACCUUCGGAAGAAGGCUCACCUACAGAAGGACUACGCUCCUCAGGGUGAAGUUUCCACUAUCGCCCCUGGCACCUACUACCUCACCAAGGUCGACGACAUGUUCAAGCGGAUAUACGAGGUCAAGGCAUAGAGAGAGUGAUCCGAAAAACGAGUUCAGCAGAUCACCCCACCGGGUUUGACUCGACCAUACACUCGGGUUUCCUUGGUUUUGAGUUCAGCGAAACUCAGACAUGCAUCUUCGGCACCUGCAAAACGACCACCGCUCUGACCGGCGCAAACGAUAUCCGCAUGCGGUGGAGUUGCAUGGAUUUUGGCCUGCUUUUGGAAGAAGUACUACUCUGGCAUUCUGACGGUGGGAAGUCGCAAAAGAAGAAAAGGUUUCUUCAACUAGAGAACGGGAUGGUAAUGUUUUUAGUUGGUCCGGCUAGCUCCCAGCUAUAAUGCCUAUAAUUCACGUGCAUAGGUGCUGGUGUGCGGCGACUCGAACUGCCCCAUUGUUGAGGGUGUGGUCCCGCCAUGGUGGCUGCUAUUUGGGCAUAGAAUAUACCAGUACAAGCCCGAUUCAUUGAUUUUUCAAGG